AAUUUAUAUGAAUUAGGAGGAAUAAGCAAAAGAGUCAAUUGAAAGAGAGUCAGAUGAUAAUGAAAAGAAUGACAAAAAAGAUUAAGUGUUACCUCUAGAAUAGAAGAAGAAAAAGAAGAAAAAUAAAAAGAAAAAGAAAUGGGGAGAAGAAGGUAAUUAAAAACUAAAUCAUUAAUAGAGGAAAUUCUUACAGAUUUUGAUGAUGAUUGGCAAAAUAAGGUGAAACAAUCUAAAAUCUUGUAAGAUCCAGAUCUCCCUUAACAUAUAAAGGAGAAAUAUGCAAUUUAUGAAAAUAAUCCAUUCAUGAUGAUUAUUUCAAAUGUACCUUUAAAUGUUCAAUUGAAAGAACUAGAGGAAUAUUUUAAUACAUUAAUUACAUCUCUUGAUCCUAAAAUAAGUAAAUUGAUUUCUAAUAUUAGAUGAAAGACCAAUCAAAUCUAUUGAAUAUGGGGCCACUAAAUCUUGGGUUGUUUUAGAAUGCAGUUCCAAAGAAGCUAAAAGAGCACUUGUUACUUAGGAUUAAGUUUAAUUUGUCAAUAAUUGUAAAAUCAAAGUUGAAAGACCAAGAAAAUUUUUAGAAAGAAUUCUAAAUCCAUAAGCAAAAGAUGGAGAACUGAAUCAAGAAUAAAAAUAAGAAGAUAAUACUAGAUUAUAUUUAGGAGGAUUGCCUACUUAUUUAAGAGAUGAAGAUGUGAUGAAACUUAUUUAAUCUUUUGGAAUUACCAAAUAUUUCAAUCUAGUCAAGGAUACAACAUCAAAUACUGAAAUUUCUAAAGGAUAUUGUUUCUUUGAAUAUGAAAACACUGUUUCUACAGCUAAAGCUCUUAAGGCAUUAAAUAACUUAUAAAUUGGAGAUAAAAAGUUAAAAAUUUGUAAAGUUCAAGGAGAAACUCAAACAAAUAAAAAAAUAAAUGGAAAAGAUCAACCAUCUAAUUAUGCUGGGUCAUUCUUAGCAUCUUGUGAUUUAUUGAGAAUUCCUCAAGUUUAGUAGAUGCUCACCAUUCCACAAUCUGCCUUAAUCCCAAGUAAAGUUGUUUAAUUUUUAAACAUGGUAAUCAUCUUUUUAAUAUAUUAAGUGUUCAAUUCAAGACUUAUAUGAGGAUGACAUUUUUGAAGAACUUAUGGAAGAUAUUAGAAGUGAAUGUAUACGUUUUGGAUAAAUUGAAAAAAUAGAAAUUCCUAGACCUGAUAAAGAAUCAGGGUAUUUAUACAUUUUUAAAUAGAUUCUGCAAUCCAGCUGUUGGUAAGAUUUUUGUUAAGUUUUACUAUCAAAUUCCAGCAAAAAAAGCCAAAUUCCAUUUAGCUGGAAGAACAUACAAUAAGAGGACUGUUAUUACUUCAUUCUAUCCUGAAGAAUAAUUUGAUUAUAAAGACUAUUUGAUAAAUGGAUGA